AUGCAUAUGGCGGCCAAAGGGAGGUUAAAAGGAGAUACAAGGCCAUCACACGAAACAAGGCGGCCACCACUUGGGAAUGACACAGGAGGGUUAUUAAAACAAUUCGGUCGAAGAAAAUCUCAAUUGGCCCGAGUGGAUUUGAAGAAAUUCAAUCCGGACAUUUCUCUCGGCCAUACCGCGCACAAGGAGACCAAAUUACGGCCAACUCCUAAACGGCGUGACCAAAGUCCACCAAACUUCACAGGCGACCAUAAAAUCACAUUUUGGUCGGCAAAUCCAAAAGAUAGGACGGAGAAAUCAUCACGGAUCAUGAGAUAG